AAGCCCCAUCGUGCCAUAGCCUCGUCGCCCUCAUGUACCAUGCCAAAGAUCUCCCCUCGGAACGCUCCGCCUUCCACGGCCACCACCGAGUCGCGCACUGCAAGUAGCAGCCCCUUUUGCGCGUGCCCUGUUACUGUGUAAAACUUAUACCCGGUGCACCACCUGCCGUGCCUUGAGUCCCGAUCCCUACUGAGGCUAUUCCUCGCCCUUACAUAUCGCGUAGAACAUAUACCCGGUGUUACUAACAGGUGUGGUGCCCCUGCUACACAGUAGUCCUACAGUAGUACUGUGUAGAACAUACGCCCGGUGCAUUACCUGCCGUGCCUUGAGUCUCGAUCCCUACUGAGGUUAUUCCUCGCCCUAACAUAUCGCGUAUCAGAGAAGGCGUGACAUGGGCAAAGGGAGGAGCCAGAGCUACGUCGUAGUUUGAAGCGCCUUUUUCUCGAGAUAGUGCUAGACCAGUAAGGAUGGUACGACAUGUACUCUUGCGUACCCUUGAGUGCUCGUAGUAAGAUUCUUUUCUCUAUUUCGGUUCGAAAGCCUCUUGAGUGCAUUAGAUGUCAUGUGGAUCAAUUAGCGCCUUCAGGCUUUGCCUUUAGUUCAGAACCUUCAGUUUAGCGCCUUCAGUCUGAAGGCAUAGCUGAGGUCUAGGCCCAGGCCGUUGUUGCAUACGCGGCCGUUCGUUCGCCUUCGACCCUUACCGCAUAUCCGCCAGUAGUAGGCUUCUUUUUCUUUCGUUUUUUCUUUCUUUCAUUUCGCGGGCCGAUCAAAAUGCAGACAACUUGCCUCCAACGCGCGUCACUAGUGUUCACGCUCGCACUAGCUACAGUAUUUCUAUUCGGCUGCUGUUCCGCCCGUGCCGUCGUCGGACAAAACGCCUCUGCUCGCAUACACAACGUCUUCGCCGCAUUUCCCGCCUCAUUUUCCGCCGGUUGGGGCGUAGAUUCCAGCGGCCGCCCCUCCAGCCGUGCUCUAGCGGGCGGCAGCGCAUCGGCGGAAGGCGUUGGCGGAGCAGCAGCACUGUGGCAGGCGGAGGCGGCGGGAAGCGCGGUACCGAGAUCCGCGCAAGUGGCGGGGAGCGCUGAGACUCAAGAAGGCGGAGCGGUAAAGUAUGCGGGGCGGCGCGUUUCUUCCCUUGCGGGCGUCGCAGUAGCGGGGAGUCAAAUGAAGGGGCGGGGCCCGGCGGAUGGGCUGAGCCCGCGGGGUAGCGGCGGAACGAGUGGCGGAACGACGCGGGCAGCGAGAAAUGCGCAACGGCGGAGGCGGGGUACGGGGAAGCACAAAACGCGCGCGGGAGCGAAGAAAACGGGCAGGAAAACGGGCAGCAAGGCGGGAAAAAAGAAUCAAGCGCAAGAUUCGCUUUUUCCUUGGGUCGGAAAGCCGCAAAUGGUGGUUUUGGAUUCGACGAAGAAGGGGCGAUGCUUGGACGGCAGCUCGCCCGCUUUUGUCAUCAGAAGGGGCUAUGGUACAGGACUGAACAAGUGGAUAUUUUAUCUCGAGGGCGGAGGCUGGUGCUUCAGUGUGAAGCAAUGCCUCGUUCGGUCCAGGACUCUGCUUGGGUCUUCCCGUUUCUACAACCAGACGGGGGACAACAUUGACCUGAAUGGGAUCGCCAGCAGCGACAUCAAGGUCAACCCCGGCUUUCACAAUUGGAACUUUGUUAUCUUCAAAUACUGCGAUGGCGCCGCUUUUGCUGGUAACCGCGGGGUCGUACGGCCGCGUAACGUCAACAGCAACAAGCCCCCAGUCUACAUGGAGGGGCGGUGGAACCUUCUGGGGAUAAUCGAGGCGCUUCUAGCGAAGCACCGCCUGGGGCAGGCUACAGACGUGCUGCUGACGGGCUGUAGCGCGGGCGGGCAGGGAGUGAGCAUGGCGUGCGAUGGCGUGGCCAAGUGGAUGGCUCAGUUUGGAGCCAAGACCCGAUGCCUCAUGGACGCCGGAUUCUUCAUGGACAUCCCCACAAUUCGGGGGGCGUACGUCUUUCGGCGUCGUAUGGACCAACUUGCAUCCACAGGGGGGCUUGCGAGGGGCAGCUACGACCAGGAGUGCGCUGCUGCCUUCAGAGGAUCUAGGCAGCAGUGGAAAUGUACCUUCCCCGAAUACAACCUACACUUCGUCAGCACACCUACAUUCAUCCUCAAUAGUAACAUCGACUAUAAGGCCAUCUCGAUGACUCUUAUCGGGACGAGUCGACCCAGCACGCACCCGCUUAUGGACUGCUAUUAUUCUUCGGGAUUAUCGGAGUGUACUUCGCAACAACGAGGCGUUAUUGGUGGUUACGCAACCCGAGUUAUGGGUACAGUGCAAGAAGUGGUGCGGAGUGCGCAGCGCAGGGGUGCCGCAUUUACUUCGUUUAUUUAUCAAACAAAAUCACAUUGUAUGGUGGGAGAUCCUACAUGGCAGAGUGUAGUUUCGCCCCAGUGGCCUGGGAAGAACCUGCCUUGGGCUAUUAGCGAGUGGUACUAUGGUGCAGCUGUUGCGGCUAAAUUGCACAGGCGGGUGUAGUAUACAGGUAGUUAGUUGGUGGAGUGUUUUGUACACUAGUGUCCAUGUCUGGUUAAAUUUGAUUUUAUUGCAUUGGCCAUU